AUGGCGGAUUUUGAGGAUGAAUUGGCGCUGUGAGUUUGUUUGGGGCGAUUUUUUCUAUGUGUUGGGGAGAGUUUUCAAUUGAAAUGAGGGCAGAAAACCUUGUUCUCUGUGAAAAACUCCAAAAAACUUGUUUUUUCCAGCUUCGAAAGCGAAAUCGCUCAACUCGACGAACCCUUGCCAGUCUACGAAAAUGCAACAAUCUCCGCAGCUCCAACAUCAUCCACCGAAACUCUUUCUGCUCCACCAACAGCUCCGCAAGAUCUUGCUCCUCCACAACCGCCAGUUUUGCUUCCCCCACCAUUUCUAGCCGCACAUUCCUCACCAUUUAUAGCGAAUAAUUUGGCGCGUCCACCAGGGCUUUUCAUGCCUCAUCAAUUACGUGGAGGAGCCCCUGGGCCAUCAAGAGUUAGUGCAACUGCAACAAUAGAAGGAGCUCCGACUCUGUACGAAGCUCCGAUUGCGAUUCCUCAAGAAAUGCUGCGAACUCAAGCACUACAAUCAGAUAUUGAUAAAAUGAACUUCAAAAAACAGACUGAUCCAUUUAAAAAACGUAUCAAAGAUCAACAAUCGAAGAAGAAAUAUGUGAGAGGAGGUGGUGGACAAGUAUGGGAAGAUCCAAGUUUAGCAGAAUGGGAUGAUAAUGAUUUCCGAGUGUUUUGCGGUGAUUUAGGAAAUGAAGUUUCGGAGGAAUUAUUGGCUAAAGCAUUCCGAAAAUAUCCAAGUUUUCAAAAGGCGAAAGUUGUGAGAGAAUCCAGGACUAAUAAGAGCAAAGGUUAUGGAUUUGUUUCAUUUAGAGAUUCAGAGGUAACUUAGUUAAGUUAGGCUAAAUCCAAUAAUUUUAAUUCUUCUAGGAUUACAUUCGCGCAAUGCGUGAAAUGGAUGGAAAAUACGUGGGAAAUCGACCAAUCAAAUUGCGAAAAUCGAGUUGGAAAGAUCGAAAUAUGGAUGUGAUUAAGCAGAAACGAAAACAGAAGAAGGAAUUGGGAAUUCUUGGAUAA